AAAAAGUUGCAGAAAAGGUUUUUCGCGAGUGAAAUUGAGGGUGAGAUGCGGAGGGAGAUCUUAGGGCUGGCUGAGGAUUUUAAAGGAGAAGGAUUGGCUGCUUCGCCAUUAAUAGCUGGGCUUGCUGUUGCUGCUGCUGCUUAUGCUGGUAAAUAUGGGCUUCGUGCCUGGCAAGCAUUCAAGGCGAGGCCACCAACUGCUAGGAUGCGUAAAUUCUAUGAAGGCGGUUUCCAGCCGAAAAUGACGAGAAGGGAAGCAGCUCUUAUUCUUGGAGUGAGGGAAAGCACUCCAACGGAGAAGAUAAGAGAGGCUCACAGGCGGCUGAUGGUGGCCAACCAUCCGGAUGCUGGCGGAAGCCAUUACAUUGCUUCUAAAGUCAAUGAAGCUAAGGAUUUGUUACUCGGAAAGUCGAAAAGUAGCGACUCUGCAUUUUAGUCAUAACCAAAAUAGAUUAAGCAAAGUUGUUACUGUUUUGGGGAUCGAAGAUAAGCUCCAUGGGGAAUGAGAUUUAGCAACGGCUGCCAAUUUUGCCGCGGAAUUUUGCAGUCUUAUUCCCUAAAGGCUACUUGUGUUCUCUAUUGAUUCCUUAAAACACUUUUUGUGUGUGUGUAUACAGUGUGUUAUAAUUUGGGCAUUGAAGUUUUUGUUUCAUUUGUUUGUGAUGCACUGAUAUGAGGUGGAGGACCCGAUAUUUAAUUUUUUUUAGCCAGAUGAGUACAAUAAUAUAAUUUAGUAUUAUAUAUGUUUAUAUCAUGAG